CGGAGCCCGCGCCUGGCGGCUAGUGGGGUGGUUUGUGUGUUCCCUGCACGCGCCAGCGCCCCCUCGGCUCCCAGGCGGUCGAUGGGACGCAGCGCCGCCGACCGGGGGGCGUCGGCCGUCGGGGCGCGUGUGCUGCGCGGGAGGCCGGCGCGGGACCGGGCCAUGGUGGGCUGCAGGACCUGAGCUUGUCCGCGCGGGGCGGCCGGGGACAGCCAUGGGAACGGAGCGGAGCCGUCGCCGCGCCGCGCCCUGAGCGCCACCUCGGCCCCGCCGAAGCGCGGGCCACUCGCGAACAUGGCCCUGGAGCAGCUGCGCGCGGCCUUGAAAGUGUUGUUAAUAACAGUACUUGUAGUGGAAGGGAUCGCUGUGGCCCAAAAGACCCAAGAUGGACAAAAUAUUGGGAUCAAGCACAUUCCUGCAACUCAGUGUGGCAUUUGGGUUCGAACCAGCAAUGGGGGUCAUUUUGCUUCACCAAAUUAUCCUGAUUCAUAUCCACCAAACAAGGAAUGUAUCUACAUUUUGGAAGCUGCUCCACGUCAAAGAAUAGAGCUGACCUUUGAUGAACAUUAUUAUAUAGAACCAUCAUUUGAAUGUCGGUUUGAUCACUUGGAGGUUCGAGAUGGGCCAUUUGGUUUUUCUCCUCUUAUAGAUCGCUACUGUGGCAUGAAAAGCCCUCCAUUAAUUAGAUCAACAGGGAGAUUCAUGUGGAUUAAGUUUAGUUCUGAUGAAGAACUUGAAGGACUGGGAUUUCGUGCAAAAUACUCAUUUAUUCCAGAUCCAGACUUUACUUACCUAGGAGGUAUUUUAAAUCCUAUCCCAGAUUGCCAGUUUGAGCUGUCAGGAGCUGAUGGAAUAGUGCGUUCCAGUCAGGUAGAACAAGAAGAGAAAACAAAACCAGGCCAAGCAGUUGAUUGCAUUUGGACAAUUAAAGCUACUCCAAAAGCUAAGAUUUAUUUGAGAUUUCUAGAUUAUCAAAUGGAGCACUCGAAUGAAUGCAAAAGAAACUUUGUUGCAGUCUAUGAUGGAAGUAGUGCUAUUGAAAAUCUGAAAGCCAAGUUCUGCAGCACUGUGGCUAAUGAUGUGAUGCUUAAAACAGGAGUCGGCGUGAUCCGAAUGUGGGCCGAUGAAGGCAGUCGGCUUAGCAGGUUCAGAAUGCUCUUUACGUCCUUUGUGGAGCCUCCCUGCACAGGCAGCACUUUCUUCUGCCAUAGCAACAUGUGCAUCAAUAACUCCUUAGUCUGCAAUGGUGUUCAGAACUGUGCGUACCCUUGGGAUGAGAAUCACUGCAAAGAAAAGAAGAAAGCUGGCCUAUUUGAACAAAUCACUAAAACUCAUGGGACAAUUAUUGGUGUUACAUCAGGGAUUGUCUUGGUUCUUCUCAUUAUUUCUAUUUUAGUACAAGUAAAACAACCCCGGAAAAAGGUCAUGGCUUGCAAAACUGCGUUUAAUAAAACUGGGUUCCAAGAAGUGUUUGAUCCUCCUCAUUAUGAACUAUUUUCACUAAGGGACAAAGAGAUUUCUGCAGACCUGGCAGACUUGUCAGAAGAACUGGACAAUUACCAGAAGAUGCGGCGCUCAUCCGCUGCCUCCCGGUGCAUUCAUGACCAUCACUGUGGGUCACAGGCAUCCAGCGUCAAACAGAGCAGGACCAACCUCAGUUCCAUGGAACUUCCUUUCCGAAAUGAUUUCGCGCAACCACAGCCAAUGAAAACUUUCAAUAGCACCUUCAAGAAAAGUAGCUACACUUUCAAACAGGCACAUGAGUGCCCUGAACAGGCCCUCGAAGACAGAGUAAUGGAAGAGAUUCCCUGUGAAAUUUAUGUCAGAGGGCGAGAAGACUCUGCACAAGCAUCCAUAUCCAUCGACUUUUAGUGACAUUAAUUACUAAGUAUGUGUGUAUGCAGCCUACAGAGCACCCAUUCUGUUUGCAGUGGUUGGUCCUUUUUUCCAGUCCAAACCAUGCAGACCUUCAUUUCCUGUUAACCAUGGUAAUAGUGAUGUUUUUUAUUUUCUCAGGCAGUACUAUCUGUUAAACCAACCUAGGAGCUCAGUGUAUUCAAGGAGAUCUCAUCACCACCUGUUGCCGGCAUCAUCUGAACAAAGCACGAUGGUUGGCGAGCAGUCAAAGAAGGGAGUGUUGUUGAGCUGGGCUCUGGCUGCCCCUUAGUUUCAGCAUUGGAAAUGCUGCUCCUGACUAACAGAGCUUUGUCACUGUUUUAAUCCCACCGCAAAUUUAAGAGUAAAAUUUAUCUUACAUUUCUUUUAUUCCUCUUUAAAUUUAAUUUGCUGUAAAUCCCAGUGGUGUCCCAGUUCAGGUUCUCACAUAAGUGGUUCUGCAGCGUACUGCACUAAAGCACAGGUAUUUGUUCCUCCGUUUCCCAGACACAGGCACUGUGGUGAGGGCCAGUUAGGAAUUGUUUCUUUCAUUUCUCCUUGACUAAUUUCUGCAGUGCUGCCUUUUAGUGGCUGGACAGUUUAGUCCUUCCUUCCUGUGAGAAGUAGAUAUGGUUUAUACCUUUAAAUCAUAUUUUUCCUAGUUACAUUAGAAAAUUGUAUCAUCCUGAGGUGUGUGUGCCUAGCCGAUUUAGCAAAGAAUUUGACAAAGAUAAAGACUUGUGUAAGCCUUAAGAUGGCCUGCGUGCGGUCAGAGGCAGCGACAUCCCUUUCACUCCGUGGCAGUCAUUUGGCCCACUGGAGGGGACCUGCAGGCACAUUGCUUUGCAGCCAUGCUCACCCCAGAUCCGUGUUUUCUGUUAUUUUUGUUGAAAAAAAGAUUACUUUGCUCCCAUUCUGUUGGUUCAUUUUUUGGCAUAUGGUAACCAAGAUUGUGUGAGAGCUAAAGGAAAAUUCUCUGGAAAAUUCUUUGUGUGUGCAUUUAAAUUGCUUCCUUCUUGGAACAGUACAUUUUUCUAGCUAUUAUGAAAAUAACAAUUUCAACUUUUUUUUAAACUGCACUUUUGACCUUAUUUUUUUUAUGGUAUAUAGAAUAGUAAUUUAUAAACAUGCUAUAAAAACUCUUGGUUUUUUUUUUUAGACUUUUGAUAUCAUUUGAUACUGUACAAUCUUUAUUAUAUCUAAAUUAAAGGUCUACAUGACAGAUUUCUUUCACUAUUCCCAUUAGUGGCUUUGUAUGCUGUGAUGGAACUGUUCACUCUAAUUUAUUAUAAACAUGUUGGUAUAUGUACAUAAGCUUUUUCUUUCCUUUUGUAUUUAGUUUGUGAUAAUUUUUCACUGUGUGAUAUUUAUUGCUCUAAGUCACUACACAAUAUUAAAAUAUGCAUUGUUACUUGA